AUGUCCGAAGAAGCCCGACGAUCCAACCGCGUUCGGCGCAAGCCCCAGACCUUGUAUCCAAAUCCCCCACCACCGCAGCUAUCUCCCCGCAAGCAGAAGCGGAAGCAGCCCCCUGCAAGCACGAAUCCUCCAUCACGAGCAAAGAGGUACCCGGCCAACACAAGAACAAACAGCACUCUGCAAGCCACCCUAGAGAUCCUCAAGCCCGACCGACCGGUCCUCUCAUCAGCGAGUACUUCUAGAAUCACUCGAGCCUCCGGUACUGACCCGAACUUCAACGCCGGUUAUCCCAACCAGUGGAACCAGUGGGUCAACAAAGGCCAUCCCGCCAGAGCAGCGAUCAAGUCUUUCAUCCAGGACGUUCAGGCCUCUCAGUUACCCCAAUUCCACCCCUUCAAUCGCGCCUUAGCCGAAGCUCAGUCCACGGCCGACCAGCGGCUGCCAGCGAGGCCCCCUCCUGCUGCCUCGCCCUCUUCUUCGGAGACUAAUACCACGCCUCCCAAGACUGGGCCGAUCGGAGCGGAGCACACUACGAAGAACACUCUCGUGCUGCCCGCACACCCUUUCCCCAAGCUUGGUAGCUCAAGCUCAUGCCUGGUAGUCGGGGAUGCAGGCUUCUGGGAUGCGGCCAUAGCACCGUGCAACGUAAAGGUGGAAGAGGACACAAGAGAGUACGUUAAUGUCCACUUUGGCCUGUCUGCGGAAGAUCAGGCGCCGUUUCCAGGACCCGCAUCGUUUUACUCCAAGUUUAAGGGACUCAAAGUCAACAACAUCUUCAACGACACCACGGAUGAAUAUUGCGAGAUGGUGGCAAACGAAUACAAGGCCCUGGUAUCCUACAAGGAUUCAAAUGAGGCAGAAUUCCAAAGGUCCUCAUAUUACCUCUUCAAAUUCGAGGUACGAAACCCAGGAAUGGCGAAAGAUUACAUAUUCCGCACAGAGGCUACACCACAAGAAUCUAUCAGAACUGACCCCGAGAACUUCCCGAGGUUUGAAACCCCGAACUUUUGGAAUACUCCGCCAAGUUUCACCCCCAACAGCGCAGAGCACUUCGACUACGAUAUCUCCCCUGGCCUUCUAUACUGGCUGUCCCUGAAUGGUUUUUCAACAAUAUGGGGAGCAGAAGCGAAAAGAUACGUCCACAUCAGAGGACAAAGAAAGUUGUGCCUAUAUCUCGCCGUGGAGUAUAAAAUCAGACAUGAUGAAGAUAGCAGCAGGAUAUCGAUGAACCGAGUUACAGCUGCGAUGCUCCUAUGUCUCUGGAACCGGUUCCAACUUCGGAAGAGAGCCUUAGCUGCACAAGGGAAAGACUGGAAGCAGGAAGAGAACAGUGAGAUCAAGGUCUACGGUGUUCGCGUUCUCGCUGCAGAAUUCAAUGUCUGGGUCAUGACGCCAGUCGUCAAUUCUGAGGGAGAAUGGCAAGGUACAGAGAUGAAGCGCCUUACGGGCCAGACAUUACAGGCAGUAAUGGGAGUCCAGCGUCUUUGUUUAUGGAUCAACGAAAUCCAUAAGUGGGCGCUUACUAUCCACGCCCAACAGGUUAAGGAAGAUCUGCAAGCAUGCGCUCCUAGGGGUGGCGCUCCACCCGAGCAAAGCGUCUUGUUACAUGGUCCUAGCUAG